AUGCACAACAUCGCCCAUACAUUCUCUACCUCAUUCGGGACAGCAAUCAUGGCAGUGACCGUUUUAGCUUUGGCGUAUCUAGUCACUAUUUUGCAUUAUCGUAAACAAUUGUCACACCCCAAGCUUUAUCCUCCAGGCCCGUCUGCCAAGGAAAUGCCAACCUAUGAUACUUGGAUCAAAUUUCAGGACUGGGGCAAAGAGUAUGUUUAUGUUCGAGAGAUGAACAUCUUGAUUGUCAACACUUCUCGAGUGGCCAAUGAUCUCUUGGAAAAGCGAGCCCGUAUCUUUUCUGACCGGCGAGUGACACCCAUGAUGGAACUCCUUUCACAAUCACUUGUGUUCUCCUCUGUCUAUGGACUGGACGUUGCUCCCGAAGACCAUCUAGCCCAGAUAGCUGUUGAAGCCAUGAACACCUUGGCAGAUACUCAAAUCAUAGGUGCUUUUCCAACAAUCCAAAGGUAUCCAUGGCUGCGAUAUAUGCCCUCAUGGUUCCCUGGAUGUGGAUUUCAACAAGUAGCAGCUCAAUGCUUAGAAAAACUCAAAACCUUGGAUACCAUCCCUUUUGACAUGGCUAUGAAUAAUCUGAUUGUCACAUAUAUCAAGAAAAGGGGUUUAGGGACUUCAAUCAUUGCUGAAUUAGCAGUCCAAAAUGAAGGAAAUGCUGAAGCACUUGAGGCUAUCAAGAGAAUGGGAAUUCUGCAGCAGAUACGCUCCUUCCUCCUUUCCAUGACCCUCCAUCCCGAAAUACAGAGGAAAGGGCAAGAAGAAAUUGAUGCUGUCAUUGGAAAGGACCGACUACCUACUUUCGAGGACCGUUUGUCUUUGCCAUAUGUAGAAGCUAUCUACCGUGAAGUUAUGCGGUUACACCCACCUAUACCUUCUGGAGUGAUACAUACCUCAAUUGAGGAUGAUUACUACCGUGGUUAUCAUAUCCCAAAAGGAUGUGCUGUUGUUCCAAAUGUAUGGGCCAUGAACCGGGACAAGGAGGUAUAUUCAGAACCAGAUAGAUUUUUGCCUGAGCGUCACCUCAACAUCCCUGGGGGACCUUUUACCAACAUUAAUGAUAUAUCUGCAUUUGGAUUCGGACGAAGAGUUUGUGCUGGCCGUUACAUGGCUGACAAUACUGUCUGGCUUACGGUUGCAUCUGUGCUAGCCACACUCACAUUAGGCAAGGCAAAGGACAGAAAUGGAAAUGAAAUCAACAUUCUGGGAGAGUAUACAAGUGGCAUGCUCAGACAUCCUAAGCCAUAUCAAGCCUCUAUUACGCCUCGGAACCAGAAUGCAAAGGGAUUGAUUAUGGCUGCCACAUCACAAUAA